AUGAAAGUUAAUCCAUCUUCUAAUAAUACAAGUCGAGCCGAGCUACUCAAUUUUGCAAUGGCCACAGCCGCUACACCUCAAGCUGAAGGCCCACCAUGCUCAGCUCAACGCGUCUCAUCUACUUCGACGCCUGCGACAACUGCAAGUCACACCAUUCAAUCAGAUGAAGGCGAAGGUGGCAUAGUCGAGGGAGAUUCUUCUCUCGCAGCGCACUCUGUGUUUGCUACAGAGUUUUUGCAAAAGGUGGUGAGCACAGAGUCACUGCAAGACUCAAGUCUAGAUCUCGGCGAAACUCUUGACGCGUUGUCACAAAUCGUCAAUGCCUUGAAGCAACCGGCUGCCGCGGGGGAGAUGACAUAUCCUCACGCGAAGCCGUUUACUCGGGUUCGGGCUCAGGGCAUCGAGUUGCCGCCCAUAGAGAAGGCUGUGCACACUAUCAGAAUCGCAAAAAGUCAACGUCUCACGGGCAUGGCUUGGAUAUACGACUUUUUGCCUUCCCGUCGGUUCCCGGAUCUCUGUCUUAAUGUCUAUUUUUCAGACAACUACUCGGAAUAUGACUAUAUCACUGUGAAUGGAGGGCUUUAUUCACUAUUCACAGACUACGCUGCGCAAGUCUCAGUGGGUGAACAAAAAGAGUAUUUUGAAUAUGCGAAGAUAUGCCGCGUGAAUCUGGAAACGUGUUUGGCGAACCUUCCCCUUCACAUGCCGGCAUCUUCGGAUGUGAUUGUCGCGCUUUUAUUCGGAACGUUCCACGCUGUUGAGAUCUCAAAACCUACCCUUGCUUGGACCCUGUCCUCCAAAGCAUCAGAACUAUGUCAAACACUUGGAUAUCAUCGAGCAGAGUCUCUGAAGAACACAAAAGAUGACGGCAAGCCGACAGUUCACGGGAUGCACUGGCAUCAAUUCCUCUUCUGGAACGUCUAUUACAUCGACAAGAGUCUGUCACUUCGCCUCGGCAGAGCAUCAACAAUUCCAGACUGGCACAUCACUAUGCCUCUACCAUCACUGAAAGAACCAGUUGCAAGCCCGAUACUUCCAUACUUAGUAUUGUGGAUUCGAACAGCAAAGUGUCAGGGCCAGAUUUAUGAGUUGCUUUACAGCCCCGACUCGAUGAUCCAACCGUACCACGUUCGCCAGACGCGGGUGCAUGAGCUGGUUUCCCUUCUCCACGACAUCGAUCAGAAAACGAAAGAAGCCACUGCCAACUACCAGGCAUUUGCCAAAGACGGGGUGGAGGAGCACUUUGCCGAGUUCUACCUGUCUUCAGAUUACGUUCUGCGGCUCUCACUCCUGACUCUGGUUUAUCGUGCUGCCCCAAGAGUUGAAGGAUCGCCAACGACGUUCAGUCCUGAAUGCAUUAAGGCUGCACGAGCAGCUUUGGAAAAACACCAAGAAUGCGUUGCCAUCAUGCGCAAGUCCCAUGAUGUUUACUUCGCAACCUACAUUCAUUGGACUGUGCUUUUUGCACCAUUCAUUCCCUUUAUCGUUCUUUUCUGUCAGGUAAUCGAAACGCAAGACAAGGAAGACUUGGCACGACUGCAUUCCUUCGUGGUUUUCUUGCAAGAGACAUCAAAAAUGUCCGACGCAGCAGCCAAGAUGUGCCGCCUCUUCCAAGUCCUCUACAGCGUUGCUCUCCGCUUCGUUGAGUUCCGCGCGUCGACUCCUCAGUCACGACAGACCCAAGCUAGCGCCGAGAUGGAUGCUUACUUAGCAGCCUUGGGAUUCCCGCCGAAAGGAUCUACUGAGGGGGGACAUCAGCAGCAACAACAGCAAACCACCGCGUUCGCCCAGAUUACGAGCACAGCACCGGACGUGGUCCCUACGUCUGGGAUCGCGGGCGUCGGCAUCGAUGCCAUGGAUGAGAGCUUGAGGCCUGGGAACCCGAUGAUGUGGAUGACGAACGCUGCCCAAUUAGAGGAUUUCUUCUACACUAAUACGGCGAUGAUGGACCUGCUACAAGAGCCCGGAUUCGACUCAGCCCAACAGAACUAG